GCAGAAAAACACAGCCAAAUUUGGAGAACAGCUUAUUUUCCACUUCUGUGCCCAUGAAGUGGAAUAUAUUUAUCUGUGACAAAAGAGCAUUGCCUGUGUUUGGUGGUAAAUCUCCAGCUCUGUUUGUCUACAAGCAGGGUCCGCUUCUCAAAUGAGCCUUUUCACCAUUUAGGCUUCCUGAGUCUGAUUAACACCACCAGGGAGUUGUCUGGUGUCUGACCUUGAACAGCAUGCUUUCCUACUUGCCUUUUUUGGCAGUGGAGUGGGGAAAUCAUUUUGUGCAGCCUUGGCUCCUGAGAUUCCUCCCCAGCAGGCUUGAUUGCAUUAGCAGGCUCCUUUUAUUGGUAUCCAAAAGGUUCCAGCCCCAGUGACCUGUCAUCUGUCCCCUCACCUGCUUACAUGCUGAUUCAUUGAUGAGCUGGCAUUGCAGGCCCCGCCUCCCUCUGAAUGGUCUGUGAGGUUGAGAUCGCUCCUGGAGAGGGAUGCUGAGCUGAACCACAGUGGGUUACUACAAGUGUGAAGCAGCAGCCUAUCUGUUGCCACAGAAGAACUUGGUGACCGUACCGAGCCGCAGCCCUUUCUCGGCACCCUGUUACUAUUCUGUCUGUAUCCGGCUUGUCUAGCUUUUUAAAGGAAUUUCUGAUUCAGGCACUAACAGCUAAUUCCACAGGAGUUGUAAGGCAGCCUGUGACACAAACUGAGAAAGAACUUUCCCCUCAGAGACUGUCUUUUUUUUUUUUUUUUUUACUGGCAAAGACUUCUGGCUCUCCUCAGAGGAAUACCUUGUUGCUUAAGAUGAGUGGCUGUAGAAAACGGUGUAAACGUGAAAUAUUGAAAUUUGCCCAGUACCUUCUCAGACUAUUAACAGGUUCUCUUCAUACAGACAGCGUGGAAGAUGAACUGGAGAUGGCCACCGUCAGGCAUCGGCCCGAGGCUCUCGAGCUGCUGGAAGCCCAGAGCAAAUUCACCAAGAAGGAGCUCCAGAUUCUUUACAGAGGAUUUAAGAAUGAAUGCCCCAGCGGUGUUGUUAAUGAAGAGACCUUCAAAGAGAUUUACUCGCAGUUCUUCCCGCAGGGAGACUCUACAACAUACGCACAUUUUCUGUUCAAUGCAUUUGAUACGGACCACAAUGGAGCUGUGAGUUUUGAGGAUUUCAUCAAGGGUCUUUCUAUUUUGCUUCGGGGGACAGUACAAGAAAAACUCAACUGGGCAUUUAAUUUGUAUGACAUAAAUAAAGACGGCUACAUCACUAAAGAAGAAAUGCUUGACAUAAUGAAAGCAAUCUAUGAUAUGAUGGGUAAAUGCACCUAUCCUGUCCUCAAAGAAGAUGCUCCCAGACAACAUGUGGAAACAUUUUUCCAGAAAAUGGACAAGAAUAAAGAUGGAGUGGUCACCAUAGAUGAAUUCAUCGAAAGCUGCCAAAAAGAUGAAAACAUCAUGCGCUCCAUGCAGCUCUUUGAAAAUGUGAUUUAACUUGUUGAACGUGUCCUUGAUCCAACAGACAAACGUGAACUAUUCUACACACGAAGUUGGAGCUACCACUCUUAGCAUAGAUUGCUCAGCUUUACACUGAGGCAUAUUAUGCAAACUAGCUUUGUUUUAAUAUAAAGCAACCCUCAAGAGAUUUGAGUUUUCCAUUUAUAAAUCUGCAUCCUUUUCAUGAUGCCGCUGAGUUCACGGGAUGUUCUAAGUCAUUUCAUACCCUGUGAAUAUUCAAAGGGAGCAGAACCUGGCAUAUGGGUUUACUGAUUCUGUAGCCAUGGGAUUAUUGAGGCUUUCACAUUAUCAGUGAUUUUAACACAUCAGUGGUUUUUGCUACUCAUUUGUAUGUAUUCAUCCCCAGGAUUUUUAAUUGUUUUCUAAAAUACUGGCAUCUGCAUUUAAUUUCCAGAAAUUAAUUUCCAUGUUUGUAUGCCAUAAUUCCAUUUAUACUUUAAGGAAACAAGACAAGAUUACGACAACUGAGAAAAACAAACAAACCCAAGUCCCAGUUUCUAUGGAUUUGCUGUCUUCUGUUAAAGACAUUCAUUUACCUGGCAUUUUUUAUAACAUGAACCAAAUCAGUUUAUCACCAGAUGUCCGCAUAUGCCUAAUAAAGCUUAUUUAAUAAGCAUUUCCAAAUUUUUCAUAAUGCAUAUUAUAGCCAAGGCCUACAUGAUGUCUGUAAUUUUGGAUUUGUUCAAUCCGACAGGUUGACUAUUUCCUAUUGUGUCAUUAAGUGGAGGUCCAAGAGGGUUUGAGACAAAGCGAGGAUGUCCACAGGCUCAUGCAAAGGGCCAGGAGAUCUGCCCUCUGUACACAGUGACGCUUAGCAACAAGUAACCCUUCACCGCAGUAAAGGCCUGGUGCGUCCUCCUUCCCAACCCCCUCCCGGCACCAUUAGAUUACAUGCCAUCAGGGACAAAGAAACCCUGGCUGCCCCAACGCCUACUAGGAACAAACAGCAAGCAGAAUUCACUCUGAAAGCACCAGUGAUUCCAUUAUCUUGAGAACUAUAAUACUGAAAUCUAGUAGAAGAUGAAUGUAAGUGCUAAGCAGCUCCCCUGGGCUGUAUUAUGAUUUAGCUCAUCAUAAAACUCCAGUCAUUCCGAUUAUUUUUAAUGAUCUUAGGCCAACAUUGUGAAGUUGCCACAACGUUACUAAUGAUACACACCCCCUCCUGUUUUGCAGAAAUAUCAAAGACCAAGAGGCUAGAGUAGGAGGAGACCUGCAACUGUCUUUACAACAAUAAAUCAGGUACCUAUUCUGGUGUAGAGAGAGGAUGUUGACAGCUGCCCUGCUAGCACCAGUGUAGAAGUUCAGAGUAGUACAAUACAUGUACACUGAGAUCUGCCAUCGCGUGUUUGUGUAAACUCAAUGUGCACAUUUUGUAUUUCAAAAAG